UUUGGGUUUCUUUUCCAGAUAGACUUUUCGGCACGGCCCGUAGAUCCGAUCUUCCGUCGUGCUCGUGAGCAGUUAGAAAAUAGUCGUGAAUAUCGAGACGCUACCUCCCCUCCACCGCCAAGCAGUCAUCACAUGAGCGUUGACAGAAAUGUUCGUCGACACUCGGCUUCACUUAAGGAAGUCGAUGUAGUGCGACAAGCCUCAGAGCGAAUUCAGAAUUCGGCUCUUCACGCCAAAUCCUCCACUCAUAAUGUCGCCUCAACAACUUCUGCUUCGAUCAGUGCGUCAUCCACUAAUUCGGAAAGUAUCGCCCACUCACCGCUAACCACCAAAAUCAACAGUCCUGCGAGUACUUCGGCAACGACUCGUAAGGCUAGCCCGGCGCGAACAAGCGCCACCUCAACCGAUCUAAGUUAUCACGGAUCCACAAAGGCCACUAAAGCGGAUCGUUGCUCAUCGAAAAGUCCACCAAGGUCAAGGAUAUCCCCGGCUGCAUGCCGAUCUCCCGCAAAUACGUCUGCAAUCUCGCUAGCUUCGCCGCCGACCCUGACUGCUGUGAAUAAUUCCAGACCUGGCUCAUCAGACAGACGUAAUUCUUCGUCCGACUCAAAACAUCACACUAACUCCGACGUCAAUAAUAACAACAGUUCUAAAAACAGUAAUGAUAAUGAUCAUAGUCAUGCAAGCAGUGCUCCUUUACAUGGCACUAAAGCUGGUUCAUUGUCGACCGAUUCGGAGGAGUUGAAUCCGAAAGAGGAGAAAGUUUUGACAGAGAACACAAAUGGGAUGAAUCGUGUGUUCGAGGACGAUUACGACACCACCAGUGACUAUUCACCGGACGAGAAGAGGUUGCGAAUAGCGUCCGUCGAAGACGAGUAA